UGAGUUUUUAUCAUUUUUGUUUGCAAACACAAAUCACAUUGAAAAAAUUAGGGUUUAUAAUUUACAGUAUCAUUCUCUUCUCCGUGUUAUUGCGAUCUAACAAACUAUGUCGAUUUUCGAGUACAACGGAAGUGCCCUAGUAGCCAUGGUUGGCAAGAAUUGCUUCGCCAUUGCCAGCGAUCGAAGACUCGGUGUUCAGCUUCAAACCAUAGCUACCGAUUUUCAAAGAAUUUCCAAAAUUCAUGAUAAACUCUUCAUCGGUCUUUCUGGACUCGCCACCGAUUCUCAAACACUGUAUCAGCGUCUUGUGUUUCGGCACAAACUGUAUCAGCUUCGUGAAGAACGUGAUAUGAAGCCGGAGACUUUUGCUAGUUUGGUGUCUUCUAUGCAAUACGAGAAACGGUUCGGUCCAUACUUUUGCCAGCCUGUAAUUGCUGGGUUAGGGGAUGAUGACAAGCCAUUCAUUUGCACAAUGGAUGCGAUUGGAGCAAAGGAACUUGCAAAAGACUUUGUUGUUGCUGGAACUGCGUCCGAGUCUCUGUAUGGUGCUUGUGAAUCAAUGUUUAAGCCUGACAUGGAAGCUGAGGAAUUGUUCGAGACCAUCUCCCAAGCACUGUUAUCAUCUGUAGACCGUGACUGUCUUAGUGGCUGGGGUGGACAUGUCUAUGUUGUCACUCCAACAGAAGUAAAGGAAAGGAUUUUGAAGGGAAGAAUGGAUUAAGUUUUAAGCCAGCUGGUCAACUACUCAAGUUCACUAUGUUUUCUGUUUAAUUCUGAGCUGAAUGGCGAACAUGUACCGUCUGUUGUUAAUGGGUACCUUUGUUAUUGUGAACUUAAAUUAAAUGUACCUAGAAAAUUAUUUACAAACGAGUUCAGCUGUUCUAUAUAGAAUUUUCAGUGAAAGUAGACUCUGGAAUCGGGUAUGCUGUGGAAUUAAAUUAUGAGUAUAUGUAUUGGAAUGUUUUUAGGAUAGACUGGCAUUGCAAGACACAUAUUGUUCACCGAAAUUGUUUGUCCCUGAAUCCAAUUCAUCGUUUUUCCCCGUAA